AUGUUAUGCUUUACCCGACUUGUAGACGGCGGUUUUGACGAUGAAGGCCGCGUUGAAGUUUACUAUGGGGGUAAAUGGGGAAGAAUCUUUUCUACCAAUUGGACCAUUGAUGAUGCCCAUGUUGCAUGUAGAGAACUUGGAUUCCCUCUCGGAGCAAGGAACACAAAAAUGUUUGAGGGAGGCGAUGGACCUUUUCUACUGGACGACAUGAAAUGUCAAGGAGUUGAGACCCAUUUAGCCGAUUGUGAAUCUUUAGGAUGGGCCAACAACCAAAACUGUGAUGCUAACCUGAACUAUGGUGCAGGCGUUGUGUGUAAUGAUCCUGCGGCCGUUGUGAGACUCCUAAGUGGAUCUAGCAGCUAUGAAGGUGUAGUUCAAUACCGAAAUAGAUCUGAACUUGGUUUGAUAUGUGAUCCUUAUUGGAGUGAUAAAGAAGCAGAUGUGACCUGUCGACAGCUAGGAUACCAGUACGGAAGAAGUGAAAAGCCAGUUUCACUUGGACCAUUAUCUGGAACCAUCUUUUACUUGGACUAUCACUGCAACGGAACUGAAGAGCAGAUAGGAGAUUGUGUGUAUACAGUUAAGUCGAAUGAUGUCCAAUGUAACCCUGAUCACAUCGCACAAGUUUUUUGCGGACCGCCGAUAGACUUUGACCUACGAAUGGUUGGGAGUGAUUUCACUGAGCAAGGUCGUCUAGAAGUCUUUCUUAAAGGCGAGUGGGGCUACGUAGCUGCAGGCUACUAUUCCUCUAUAGACCGUGAUACAGUCUGUCGUCAUCUUGGAUAUGCAGGUGCAUUUUACUACUACGGGGGUGAAUUUGCUCGUUCUUCGCGUCCAAUUCUUAUAGACGAUAUAUCAUGUGGUGACAAUGAUAUGAAAAUAACUGAUUGCUUCAUACUAGAGUUGAGCGGACCUAAUUCAACCCAACAGGAGCAUGAUGAAGUCAGUGCUUUCUGUUUUCCAUAUGAGAGUGUAGCAAACCACCCCGUGAGGUUCAGAGACGAGAACGGAGUGAUCAAUGUAAAUUAUGGAGUCAUUGAGAUAUAUCAUGAUGGAAUAUGGGGUCCAAUUUGCGACUAUUCUUUUUACGAUCAUGAGAUCCUUUGUAGUCAGCUAGGUCAUACGGAUUUAACGAUGAGCGGUAGCUUAAGUAACUACGAUGGGAAAUACACGUCAAAUGGUCCAAUCUGGUUCCGCUUGUCAUAUUGUACCCGUUACUCCGGUUCAUAUGGUUUUGACCAGGACAAGAUAUAUAAAUGCAGACAUGGUCCAUGGGGUGAACCUGAUCCUGACUAUUGUUCAAGGAAUAACAUGGCUACAGCCAGAUGCGUCAAUAUGGAUCAGACGGAUGACUAUUAUCCAGACGAAGAUGUAAGUUGGCAACCCGGUCUCGGUGGAUGGGAGGUUUUUCUAGUCGCCAUUGCUGUGGUUGUACCAACGUGUCUUAUCAUCGGUUGCUGCUAUAGAAGUCGACGUUCUCAAACAAUCAUAGCGACGGGUACUCCUGCUACUUACUCGUCAGCUACCAAUGCUACGCAUAUUGAUGGAGUAUCCUCAGAAUCUACAGACCCUGCUCCACCCUAUGUUCCUCCAUCCCCGGCUCCCGUCGAGUCUCCUCCUACAUAUGACUCUGUUACUGCACCAAUGACCCCGGCUGAUAACACCGAUGCCUGUAUGACAAAUAAUGCAGAGAAUUCAUGAAAUACACUGUUGGUCAUUAAGGUGGAAUGAUUUUUGUUUGUUACCCCAGUUUGUGGAAUGAUUGGCAAUGUACCAAAUGUAUUUUGCAAGAAAUGCCGCUUCAUAGUAAAAGAUAGUAUUGUGAACUAAAUUCUGUUGAUAUCGACAUUGAAUUAAGUACGAAUACAUGAACCUCUAUAAAUGACUUUCCAAAGGGUAAAGGGUUGAAAAUUGCACAUUUAAAUAUUCGUAGUCUUAGAAAUAAGGUGCAGGAUUUGCAAUUAUAGUUGAAACAAAAUCCGUACGAAAUAUUCUGACCUUGUCAGAAACGUGGCUAAGUGAAAAAAUUUGUAAUUUAUUGUUACAUGGUUCAAGGCAUGGCCAAACAGAGGAUUUUUGUAACGUUGGGGAUCGGGGUAAAAUGCAUUGAAUUAUUGAUAACGUAAUUGCAUUUAAUUUGUUGUCCUUUAUUUGUGGGGACAGCCCCCUACGCUAGCCCCCGCUGCGUACAGUCAUGAUUUAGUGGCAAAAAUCGGCUUUGUAACUGUGAGGCCCGAGGAUCAAAACCGUGUCGAUGUGCUAUAU